UGGCUCGCUGAGCUGAUUCGUCACGAAGGACGUGGUGACUUCGCAUACAAUACUUGUGUGGGCUGUGAUUCGGACGCUGGCGAAACCCUUUAUCGUUGCGACGACUGCUGGGAUCUACGGUUCUACUGUGGAGAAUGUACUCUCAAUCGACAUCGCCGCAAUCCAUUCCAUCGCCUGAAGAGCUGGACAGACGGUCGACUCUGCAAGACGACCCUCAAGAAGAUAGGCCUACGCAUCCAGAUGGGCCAUGCAUAUGGCGACGCAUGCAUCAAUCCCCAGAGAGCCUUUGGUGACGAUUUCGUCGUGCUGGAUGUUUCCGGUAUUCACGAAGUCGCUGUUGAUUACUGCGGCUGCGAGACUGCCGAGCCGAAACAUACUCAACUGCUGCGCUCGCGACUCUUUCCGGCUACACGCAUCGAUCCCAAGACGGCCGCGACGUUUCGCCUGAUGGAGUACUACCACGUCCUUCACAAUCAGACGAAGGCAUCGGGCUUCGAGUUUUUCAAUACACUUUCGAGAAGGACAGACAACACGGGGACAGAGGAACCGAAGGUA